GUGCCGGAAGGCCCUCUCAGACUUCCCACGCCAGAGGCUUCCUUUUCUGGUGGUACCAGAAUUAAAUGCUGAAAUGAAGUCUCUGGUGCGGGGGGCACCAAGGGACAGGAAGGCCCUCCUGUCACCGGACGGUGACACCGACCACAGCAGCGCCACUCAGAGGGACCAGGCCCUCCGAGACGCACAGGCCUCGGUGAUCUCAUCGAUCAGUCCGCUUGUGGCCCUCCUCGAGCGUUGUGCGGACCGUGAACCCACGGCGCAGGAUGAUGUCCCCAGCGGCCAAGUGGAGAGACGGGUCAUUGCUGACCACCUGGCGGCGACCAUCUCCCACCUCGGCCGCCUCUUCACCUGCCUAGGCAAUGAACGGCGGGACAACAUCCUGGGGCGCAUUGCUCCGGACCUGCGUUCCCUCGGGUCUAAGGACCCCCAACCCGAGGACGAGGGGACGUCGCAGCUGUUUGGGCAGCGCUUCCUAGAUCAACUUCGCACCCGGAAUGAAACGUUCCGGGUGUUCAAAGAGGCCCGCCAGGAACCCACACGCCAGCCGAUGCAGGAACCGGCAGCCAAACGCCCCAGAACAGCAGGCGGUGGCCCCAGUACCUUUCGGCGCCAGCCCAUACCCUUUCCAGGGAGGCCCUUCCCGGGGGGCUUCCAGGGAAGGGCACCACCAGGCCCAAGAGGUCGAGGCAGAGUAUGACCUUAGGCCAUCAGUCUAACCAACCUCGUUACUAUGGCCAAUAAAUGUAGUUGUGCACACCCUCGUA